AUGUGCUGGUGUCAGGGUCACAAGCAAGAAGAAUGGCAUCUCAAGACUCUAUAUCUACGAGUGACGGGAAGUAAGAAGCUGGAUGACCAUGAGAAAGGUAUGAUUAGUGUGAUCAAGGUGAUAGGAGUUCUUUGGCCGAGGUUAGAAGACUUGCCAUUGGGUAGAUUCGAGGAGGAAGUCGGGAAGAUGAUGGAUGGUUUACCUACUAUAGGGACAUCUACACCUACUGGAGAAUGGGAAUGCCACUUGGUCCCUACGGGUACUGGAGACAGUGAUACACCAUAUUCGCUUCAAGAAUCGCUCGAUGAAAUGGCAUUACCUGAAACCCUCAGGAUAAUCGAUCUUUGUAUCGUCUUGAAGAUACCUCCGAAACGACCUUCAACAAUCAUCCCUAGGCAACGAGAUUACUAUUGUAGAAAUCCCUUCAAGGCGAUGAUGGCUCUACUUCAACGACACCAUGUCAUGAUCUUUUUACCAAAUCUGCAGGAAGGAUCUGUUUGGGAGAUCCAUAAGUCGGUGGACGGUAGGGAAGAUGGAUGGCUCAGAUGGUCUUGGAGAAAAACACCUCAACCGCACGAGAGUGAUCCUGCUUUGGCAACCUCAAAUAUCUUUGUCGGUAUUUCGCCAGUACUAUAUACGAAAUGCUUUACUAGUAAUUAUAGGUCUGGAGGGAUUGGCAGAUUCUUACCUGAAGACGAAGAUGAUGAUUCAGACUAA